AUGGCGCCGAGUAUCGUAUCUGACAUUGAGCUCCCCAGAGAUAUUCCUGAGUCUCAAAUAUCAGCUGCGAACGUGCCGAUAGAGAAGGCGUUCGGCCUGAAGAACAGGACCAUCAUCAUCACUGGUGCUGGUCGUGGACUCGGCAUCACACUCGCGGUCGCAGUACUCGAGUCUGGCGCCGAUGCGGUCUGCCUAGACAUUUUGCCUGAGCCCAGUGCGGAAGAAUGGGCUCUCAUCACCAAGCUGCAGAAGAGCACUGGAGUUCGUGCAUCUUAUCACCGCUGCGACAUCACAGACGAGGAGUCUGUGGACAAGACAGUCGCUGAGUGCGGUGAUGAAGCUCGCCAACGUGGCAAGCCUGUCAGGGGAAUGAUCUCUUGCGCUGGCAUCCAGCAGAUGGUCGAUGCCAUCGACUACCCCAUGGAUGGCUUUAGACGCAUCAUGGAGGUCAACGUGACUGGAAGCUUCCUCAUCUCGAAAUACACGGCUCGUCUACUUCGCGACCAGAAGCUUGGUGGAAGUAUUGUCAUGAUUGCAUCAAUGUCAGGUCAGAUUGCCAACCGCGGCCUCCACUGCUCAGCAUACAACACAAGUAAAGCUGCAGUACAUCAGAUGUGCCGCUCUCUAGCGUACGAAUGGGGCCAAUGGGGCAUCAGAGUCAACACUCUUUCCCCCGGAUACAUUCGCACAGCCAUGACUGACGGUCUGCUGCAAGAGAAGCCCGAAGUUGAGGAGUCGUGGAUGAGAGGAGCAUUGCUGGGAAGACUCGGUGCACCAGAGGAUUUCAAAGCUCCAUGCGUGUUCCUCCUGGCAGAUGGUAGCUCGUGGAUGACAGGAGCAGAUCUCAGAGUUGAUGGUGGUCAUUGUGCCACGGCGUAG